AGUUCUAAAUUUUCCGCCAAAACGUGUCGUUUACGCUUAUUACGGAUUGACCGGUUUCUUAUUUUAUAAUAAAUAUUAAACUAUUGAAUAGAUACUCUAAAAAUGUCGAAACGAAACAGUGUUGGUGCGUCAAAUACACUCUUCAAUUAUUUUACGAAAACACCACCUUCAAACAAAAAACUUAAAUCUAAUUUAGAUACGGAUAGUAACCAUCAAUUGGAUUCCUCGCUAUUAGAAAAAGAAAAGAAAAUUGAAAAUAAAAAGCGUGAAAGACAGUCAACACCAUCACCUGAAAUUGAUAACCAAAAUAGCGAUGAAGAUGAAGGUCCGAUUGUUCCCAAAAAGAAGAAAAGGAUCAGGCUCAAUCCUAUAGAUUCCGAUGAUUCUGAUGUUGAAAACAAGGACAAUAAAACAGAUACCCCUGAAGAAAAAUUAUCUAUAGAAAAGAAGUUACAGAGCAGUUUCAAAUAUGAACCAACCCAAUCACCAAAGUCUAGCAUACAGAAAAAACCUGCACCUAAUAGAACAUCCACAGCACCAGUAAAAUCUGAUUCUGAAGAGAAAUCUGUACCACUUGAUGAGGAGAAUUGGAUUCACUGCAAACUGGACUGGCUCAAACCUGAUAAGAUUCGUGAUGCCAAGAAAAGGAGACCAGAUCAUCCUGAUUAUGAUCCUACUACAUUAUUUGUGCCACCUGACUUCAUGAAUAGUCAGACACCGGCGCAUCGCCAGUGGUGGGAUAUGAAGUCCUCGCAUUAUGAUUGUGUUCUUUUCUUCAAAGUUGGGAAAUUCUAUGAGUUGUAUCACAUGGAUGCUGCUGUAGGAGUCAAUGAACUUGGGUUUUCUUAUAUGAAGGGCGAAUUUGCACAUUCGGGCUUCCCAGAAAGCGCAUAUGCACGAAUGGCUUCCACUCUUAUCUCUAAAGGAUAUAAAGUAGCACGCGUCGAGCAGACAGAGACACCAGAUAUGAUGCAAGAGAGAUGCAAGAGAACUGGUCAAAACACAAAAUGGGACAAAGUGGUCCGAAGGGAAAUUUGUCAAGUGACAUUGCGAGGAGCUCAAAUAUGUGGACUGCAGGACGCCGGUCCUAUAGAGGCUAAAGCAUCGUACAUGAUGGCUAUCGCUGAGGAGGAAGGCAGCAGUACCAGCAGUUUUGGAGUAUGUUUCUUGGAUACCUCCAUCGGUAUAUUCCAUCUGGGACAGUUUCGAGAUGACAAACACUCAUCUAGGUUACUCACAACGUUGGCUCAUUAUCCACCUGCGUUGAUAAUUUACGAUCGUAAAACAACGACGCCUCGUGUGAGUAAAUUACUGAGCACCCAUUGCCACAGCGCCAGACGAGAACCGCAGAAUCUGUGGCCGCCAGAGAAAACAUUAAAGCUUUUGGCCGAAAAAUAUUACAAAACGAAUGCCGAAGGUGAUUGGCCUGAAGGGAUCAAACCGUUUCUGCAUGAGGGUGACGCAUUAGGUCUUACUCCAGCUGCCCACUGUUCAUUGGCAAUAAAAGCAUUAGGUGGUUGCGUUUCAUAUCUGACAGAUUGUCUGUUAGACAUACAAAUCCUGGGCAUGUCACAGUUCAACUUAUACGAACCCCCAGACGUCUUAAAUAAGACUUUAUCACAAGAAAAUAAGGUUGAUAAUCGCUGGGAAGGCGGUAGUACAAUGGUGCUAGAUGCUAUCACACUCAGGAAUUUAAGAAUAGUCCAAGAUGAUGGGUGCUUGUAUGACAGAUUGAAUUUCUGCUCUACUGCUAUGGGGAAAAGGUGGCUGUACCAGUGGGUGUGUGCUCCUAGUUGCAAUCUGUCAGUUAUAAAACAACGUCAAGAAGCUGUCAAAACGGUGUUCGAAAAGCAAGAGUUGUGUCAAGAGGCCAAGAAUAUCCUAACUACGUUACCUGACCUAGAGCGAUUGCUAGCGAAAGUACACAGCUUGGGGAAUUUGAAACGGUCCAAACAACAUCCGGACGCACGAGCGAUAUUCUACGAGGAGAAAAUCUACUCUAAGAAGAAAGUUCUGGACUUCAUAGCGGUACUGAAUGGGUUCAAAGUGGCCUUGAAGCUGGUCGAUAUGUUUUCCGAUGUGAAUUCUAUAUUGUUGAGGAAUAUAACUCAAUACUCUCCUAUUGGAAAAUUCCCAGAUUACAGAGAAACAUUAAAGUUCUUUAUGGAAGCGUUCGAUCACCAAGAGGCAGAGAAAGAAGGUCGCUUAUUACCCGGCACGGGCGUCGAUCCUGAAUACGACAGUACUCUGAGACUCAUAGCGGAUAUACAGCAACAGCUGGACGACUAUCUCAAACAGCAAGAGAAAUACUUCAAAUGUCGUCUCACCUACGUAGGUUCAGACAAGAAACGAUACCAAAUCGAAGUGCCACAAAACGCAGCAGCUAAGGCUGGAUCUGAAUAUCACAUGGAAGGGGCAAGGAAAGGCUAUAAAAGAUUUUCCACCGCGGAAACUAAGGAUUUCUUAGCUCGUAUGAUGGCAGCGGAGGAACAAAAGACAAAUGUCCUGAAAGACUUGAGCCGCCGAAUGUUCGAGAAGUUCUCCACUAAUUACAAUCAAUGGGAGUCAGCGGUGAAGUGUAUUGCGACGCUAGAUAUCGUCCUCUCGCUCAGUGAAUUCGCGAGACAACAGAGUGGUGAUAUAUGUUUGCCUGAAAUCACUUUUGACACCAGUAAAACGCCAUAUAUAAAUAUCGUGGAAGGCCGCCAUCCGUGCAUUCCUAUAGUGAAUGACUUCAUUCCUAACGACACUCGUCUCGGUGUGGAAGGGGCUAGUUUAUUACUCCUGACUGGGCCCAAUAUGGGGGGCAAGUCGACGCUUAUGCGACAAGUCGGAUUACUCACUGUGCUAGCCCAUUUGGGCAGUUACGUGCCAGCUCAAGAGUGCAGUCUAAGCUUGGUGGAUCGUAUAUUCACAAGGCUCGGGGCAUCUGACGAUAUUCUGUCGGGCCAGUCGACUUUCUUAGUAGAGAUGAAUGAAACUGCUGCUAUAGUCAAACAUGCUUCAGUACAUUCUUUGGUAUUGCUCGAUGAGUUGGGACGUGGCACAUCGACAUAUGACGGCACUGCCAUAGCGUCAGGAGUUUGUGCAGAGUUGGCGGACAGGGGAUGCCGCGUUGUGUUCUCGACGCAUUAUCACUCGUUAGUUCACCAUCUGGCUUCACACCCGGGUGUCCUGUUGGGUCAUAUGGCCUGCAUGGUGGAAACGGAUGAAUCAACGCCGGACAACGAAGACGAUAUACCAGAGGAAACUAUCACUUUUCUAUACAAAUUGUCACCGGGGGCUUGUCCGAAAUCGUACGGUUUUAACGCGGCUAGGUUAGCCGGCAUACCUAAAGAAAUCACAAGACGCGCCCAUCAGGUGUCGAAGAAUCUCGAAACUGAGGCAACGUGCGCACGCGCAUUUAGGGAUAUGCUGAAAAUGGACGAGCCUAAGAAAAUGAGAGAGAUGUUGGCUGCGUUGAGCAUUUAAAAUUAUAAUUCCUGUAUAACUCGUGAAAAAUAACAUGACACCCGAUAUAGGCAUAUAACAUCUUGUAAUUUGGUUAAAAUCAUAUCCUUGAUGAUUAUCUGUGCAUUAGAGGCAAUGUCAGUUCCUAACUUGCGUCAUAAUUUAUCGAGAAAUGAGUUUCUGUGGAUCCAUAUUAGCAUUUCGAAAAUAGACAAUAUUAGUUUUCAAAGGCCUUCAAGUGUUAUGUUAUUUCGUACGAGAAGUAAUGUGUCUAUAGUCAGUGACAAUAUUCAGAACUCCCUUUCUAUGAUUUAAUUCCACUGUAAAAUUGCAGUCAUCUAUAAUCUUAUUUGAAUCAUCACAUAAUCUAUUCUAGCAAGCUCGAUGACGCAGUUUAUAGCCCAUAGGCCGGUUAUGGGCUGGGUGACCAAAAAUUUAUUAUAUGGAUUAAAGUGCUUAGAAAGACACGUUAAGCCGUUGUCCCGACUGCAUCUGCAGUAGUUAACGCCCACCAAUCCGUACUGUGCCCCUGUGGUGGGGGAUGCCUGCCGGUCCCUAUUUGAGUCCACUCAUGGAAAAGGACUGUGCCCCAACAGCGGGGACAUUAAUACGCUAAUGAUAACAUAAACCCACAAUACUUUUUUAUCUAAAGAGAAAAUUGUCUUAAUGUAAGAUUUAUUUAAUAAGUAACUAUUUUUUAACAAUGUUUAUAAUUAUGGCUUGCCACUGGAGGUAAUGGCCUCUUAAAUUUCAUAUUGUUUUAUGAUUAUUUUUGAAUCUUAAUGUUUACAAUUGUGAUAAUGUGUUGCUACUUUAUGUUUUAGUUUAGUUUCAUUCUUGAUAUUGUUAGUCGGUUAUGUUUUUUAUGAUUCAGUAAUCUCAUAGUCUCGUUUCGGAAUAUUAGUUCUUCUAAAUAUAGUAUAACUAAAAUUUCCACAUAACAUGACGACAUUAUUAUAAUAACGUUGAUUUUGUUAAAUACAUAAGAUUAUUGUUAUGAAAUACUUGUUACUGUUUCUUAUCGUGAAAACGGAGUUCAGUGCCAUUUUAAGAUAAAAUCCAGUUGAACUUUAUUAAUGUUUAUUUGUAUGUUGUUCAUACUAAAAUGUAUCGAAUACAUGUGAUUUUUGUGAUUAAUGUAAUUCAAAACUACCCCACCUAAUUGUGAUUAAAUCCUUAUUUUUUAC